UCCUCCCUCUGUCCCACCUGCCGGCAGGCCACCUACGUCGCCAGGAAUUCUUUGCCAAAUUCCUGUGCGCCCCCCGUGACCCUAAGAGACGGUGGGGACACCCCAGCCACGUACUUCCUUCUUGCUUUCCCGGCCCAAGCGCUCCCGCUUUCCGGGGCGUCGGGGUGGGUGACACUUCGGGGUCCCCGCGUCUUGUCUCCGCAGCUGGGCUUCGAGGAUGUGAUCGCAGAGCCGGUGACGACGCACUCCUUCGACAAAGUCUGGAUCUGCAGCCAUGCCCUCUUUGAGAUCUGCAAAUACGUGAUGUACAAGUUCCUGACGGUGUUCCUGGCUAUCCCCCUGGCCUUCGCCGCGGGAAUCCUCUUUGCCACCCUCAGCUGUCUGCACAUCUGGAUUGUAAUGCCUUUUGUGAAGACCUGCCUAAUGGUUCUGCCUUCAGUGCAGACAAUAUGGAAGAGUGUGACAGAUGUGCUCAUCGCCCCAUUGUGUACAAGCAUAGGACGAAGCUUCUCUUCUGUCAGUCUGCAACUGAGCCGCGACUGAGCACUUAAACCCCAGGUCUGGAGAUUUGGAUGUUGUAAUGCUUCCUUGUUGUUGUAACACAAAAGCACUAUUGUUCUGUUCAUUUCCCAACUGUUCUAAUUAAGAAAACUAAGAUGAGCAACCACAUUUAGACAUGUUUAUUGGCAGAUUUUUUCAAAUAAUGUUUUUCUAAUUAAAAGUGAAGAAUUUCAUCUCUAAUCUCAUAACUAGAAUUAUAUAGUAAGUUGGCAACACUUAAUUUUUAAAGGCAGUUUUUGCUUUAGUACAAAAGUAUAUACUGUGUAAUGAUGAAUUUAUAAUGAUCAAGAGACAGUUUUCUCCAAACACUACAAUAGUUUUGUGCACAAGUGCUCAUAAAAAUAUGGGGAUUUCUUUGUUUGUUUUUCACUCUGGUAGUAACACUUUUUAAAUUACCUUUUCAGAUAUAGUCAUAAGGAUACUUAGA